CCAGCUAAACUGAAAAACACCACUAUAAAAACCACAGCCGCAUCCCUCUCUCUCUCCACUCCUCACCUCCUUCUCUCUCUAAAAUAAUACUGUACUAUUCCAUCUCCUCCACGCCCAUGGAGUACUCUCUAACAUCCUACAUCCACUUCUCUCUCUUCUUCUUCUACUUCACAAUCUCCUUCACUCUCUUUCUCUACAUAGCAAAACUAGUAGGACUGUUCAAGCCAUCUUGCAAAUGCGACAUAUGCAAGAGCUACCUCUCCAAGAGCUGGUCGUCCGACUUCGAAAACCUCUCCGACUGGUACGCUCACCUCCUCCGCCUCUCCCCCACCGGAACAAUCCACAUCCACGUCCUCAACAACACCGUCACGGCCAACCCGGAAAACGUCGAGCACAUGCUCAGAACCAAUUUCGAGAACUACCCGAAGGGCAGGCCCUUCUCUGCAAUCCUGGGUGAUCUUCUGGGCAAGGGUAUUUUCAACGUGGACGGCCACUCGUGGAGGUUCCAGAGGAAAAUAGCCAGUCUUGAACUCGGCAGCGUCUCGAUACGCUCGCAUGCUUUUGAGAUUGUGAGUUCGGAAAUCCAAAACAGGCUCAUUCCUCUUCUAUCCUCGGUUCGAAACGACGUUGUUUUGGAUUUACAAGACUUGUUUCGGCGGUUUUCGUUCGAUACUAUUUGCCGGUUUUCGUUCGGUUUGGACCCGGGGUGCCUCAAGUUAUCGCUACCCGUGUCGGAUUUUGCAGCGGCUUUUGAUCUUGCGUCUAGACUGUCCGCUAAGCGCGCAAUGGCUGUCUCGCCCUUGAUUUGGAAAAUGAAGAGACUACUCAACUUUGGCGAUGAAAAGAAGCUCAACGAGGCGAUCAAGUCGAUCGACUGCCUCGCCGGUGAGCUGAUAAAUCACCGGCGAGAAGCAGGGUUUUCGACCCAGAAAGACCUUCUUUCUAGGUUCAUGGGCACCAUCACAGACGAUCGGUACCUCAGGGAUAUCGUGGUCAGCUUCCUUCUGGCUGGUCGUGACACAGUGGCGGCCGCCCUGACAAGCUUCUUCUGGCUGGUGGCACAACAUCCGGAGGUGGAAUUGGCGAUUCGUGCUGAGUCGGACCGAGUCAUGGGCGAGGCGAGUCAAGGAAUCGCGAGUUUCGGGGAGAUGAGAGAGAUGCACUACUUGCAGGCUGCAAUUUAUGAGAGUAUGAGGCUCUACCCGCCAGUGCAGUUUGAUUCCAAGUUUUGCCAAGAGGUUGAUACUCUUCCAGAUGGCACGAAUGUCCAAAAAGGCACUAGAGUUACAUACCAUCCCUACGCAAUGGGUCGAAUGGAGCAGAUUUGGGGUCCAGAUUGUCUUGAAUUCAAGCCCGAAAGGUGGUUGGAGAACAGUGUUUUCCGCCCGGUUAGCCCUUUCAAGUACCCUGUUUUUCAAGCCGGGGUCAGGGUUUGUUUGGGCAAGGAGAUGGCCCUGGUGGAGAUGAAGAGUGUUGCCCUCGCCUUGAUACGGCGGUUCGACAUCCGAGCAGCGGCAACACCGAGCCAAACACCGCAGUUUGUUCCUGGCCUAACCGCCACCGUGAAGGGCGGUCUUCCGGUCAUGAUUCACGAGCGGAGACUCUAGUUAACCACCUUGUGGUGGUUUACAUGCGCAUGUAUAUAUGGGAUUGUGGAGUAGUUUAGUGUAGAUACACACAAAUCACCACAGUUUGAGUGCAAAGAGAAAAAUCGAUAGGCGAUUUACCGUAUUAAUGUACAUAAUUAACCGGUGAAUCAGUUCAAAUUAAGCACUAAUUUGGUGUGGAAUCAGAAUGAUCCCCUUGCUUGGGACCCUAUCAUUCAUAUACACAUAUAUUAAUGAGCAAUUUUGAUUA